AUGUCGUCUUACAGCGGUACUUGCAAUUGUGGCUCUAUCACCGUCACGCUUAACGCAGCUCCUUCUGCAACCUUGGCGUGUCAUUGCUCGAAUUGUCGUCGCUCAGGUGGACCGUUCUCGAUCAACUAUUUUCUAGAGGAAAAAGACUUCACAGUUAGUGAUCCUAAGAGUUCCGCAAAGCAAUACCUCGAUUACAAUACUGCAUCCAAAGCUUCAGUGACGCGCACAUUUUGUCAAACAUGUGGAAGUCCUCUUUUCAGUCAACCCGAAAAGCUGCCUGGCAAAUAUUUCGUAAAAGCAUCACUGUUCGACGAGAUACCUUCCGCCAGGUCAGACAUUUUUUUGGAAAGAAAAAUUCACUGGGAAGGAGAUGUUGAAGUCAGCGCCUGA